AUGGGUGAAGUUACAGAUGCCACAAAAGUUCGUUUAGAUUUAAAUGAUGGUCAUAAAAUUCCUGCAUUAGGUUUAGGAACUGUACCAUCAGGUGAUCCAAGUGGUGUAAAAGAUCAAGUUAAAACAGCCAUUAAUGCAGGUUUUAGAAUGAUUGAUACUGCUUGGUAUUAUGGUACUGAAAAAUAUGUUGGAGAAGCAUUAAAAGAAUUAUUUGAUGAAGGUGUUGUAAAAAGAGAAGAUGUUUUUAUUACAACAAAAGUCUGGCCAUCUUAUUAUCAUAGUCCUGAAAAAUCAUUAGAUGAAUCAUUACAAACUUUAGGUUUAGAUUAUGUUGAUUUAUUAUUACAACAUUGGCCAAUUGCUUUAAGUGGUGAUGAAAAUGGUCAACCACCAGCACCAAAAGAUAAUGAAGGAAAUUUAAAAUAUGAUGAUGAUCCAGUUAAUGGAACAAAAUUUAUUGAAGUUUAUCAAAAUUUAGAAAAAAUUUUAGAUAAUACAACCAAAACAAAAUCAAUUGGUAUUUCAAAUUAUUCAAUUUCAAGAUUAAAUAAAUUAUUACCCCAUGUUAAACAUAUCCCAGUUAUAAAUCAAAUUGAAUAUCAUCCACAAUUAAGUAAACAACGUGAUUUAAUUGAAUUAUGUGAAAAAAAUAAAAUUGUUGUUGCUUGUUAUUCAGGUUAUGGAAGUGAAGGAGCAGCAGUAUUAAAAUUACCAAAAAUUCAAGAAUUAGCUAAAAAAUAUAAUGUAUCAACUAAUGAAAUUGCAAAUGCUUAUCAAAUUUUAGAAGGUAGAGUUAUAAUUCCAAGAUCUUCAAAUUUAGAAAGAAUUAAAUCAAUUACUGGAUUACCUCAAUUAACCAAACAAGAAUUAAAUGAAUUAAAUCAAAUUGGUGAAGAAAAUCCAAAAAGAUAUAUUAAUGAUCCUUGGGGUUAUGGUAUUGGAUUUAAAGGUUGGGAAGGUGAUAAAUUAAGUGAACCAUUAUAA